AUGGAUCGGAGGAAGAAGCCUCUGGAUGUGGCCGCUUCCUCGUUGGUAGAUCUCAAAGCAGAACUCUUCCGGAAGCAAGAAGAAUUCAAGAAAGAAAAGCUAUUGAAAGAUUCUGGUAUCUUUGCAAAGCCCAAAACUUCUAAUAAGAAACCAAGUGUCUGGAACAAGCAAAACACAGGAGUUGCAAAUCGAGCUGAGAAAGAUGUUGAGCAGAAGGCAGAAGAGGAAAAUAUGUUAGAUAAAUCCAGGAAGAAACUAGAGGAGAAAGCAAAGCUGUAUGAGAAAAUGACAAAAGGCGACUUUCCAGAUGAAGAAACUGAGGAUUUGUACCUAGUGGAUUUCACUCAGAAGAUCAUAGACAAACAGCAUGAAGUACAGGAACUGUAUCAGAGCGAAGCUGCUAGAAAGACUUUAGAAAAAGAGACAGAUGAUGAGGAAACUCAACCUGAAAUGGAAAUACCACCGCCUGAGGACCCAGAUGAAGAAUGGGUUGAUUAUGUUGAUUUCUUGGGCCGAUCUAGACGCUGUAUGAAGAAGGAUUUGCCAAGUCUUCUUAAAAUGGAUCGGGAACUUCAAGGGAAGAGUCAAGUUCCUGAUGGGAAUACUCUCUUAUCUGAAGAUAUGAUAAGAGAACUUCAGCGACAGCAGUGGGAAAAAGAAGAAGAAGAAGCCCUCAGAAAACCCAUGGGACCCAUACAUUAUGAGGACAUUCGAGAAAAUGAGGCAAGACAGCUUGGUGUGGGUUACUUUGCCUUUUCACGUGACAAAGAACUUAGGAAUAAACAACGGGCAACACUGGAUAUGCUAAGAGAGCAGACACUUGAUCAAAGAACUAAACGUGAACAGCUGAAAGAGAAAAGGAAGGCUGCUUUAGAUGCAAGGCUGUCUAAACUUCGAGCACGGAAGGUUAAGAAGUUAAGGGAAGCUGGAUUAGAGGAAGAGGCACAAAAAUUGGAGAACGGAGAGUUGAAAGGUGCCACUGAAGAACCAGAAGCUCCCAAAGUUACUGCAGCAAGUAGGAAGGUAGAGGUUGUCAUCCAAGAGAGAAGAGAUACAAAACCUGGCGUGCCUUAUGUCCGAGAGUGGGAUAAAGGCAAAGAACUGAUGUUUGGGCAAUGGUCAAAGAAACAGGAAGAACUCAGAGAUGAACGAGAUCCAGAAUUUGCACCACCUUCUGAUUACUUCACGGGACAAAAGAAAGAUGGUAAUUAUAGAAGUCGGAACUUGAGCAGUCCUGAAACCUCCUCUGAAAAAGCAGAAAUGGAGACAACACAAAACCAACAGAUGCCAUCAGCACCGGCCAACGGUGGGAGUACUGAAGGUGUGGCACCGUCAGUGCAGGCCCACAACAGCAGCGUUCACAAGCCAGCAUCAAGAGCAGCCUGUGGCAGUGCCACUCAAGAUGGACCAUCAUCAUCAGAGGAUGACAGCAGUGAUGAUGAGGAUACGCUGCCAUCUGCACAGGCUUACGGCUAUGGCACUCAUGGUGCACCGCCGCCAAUGCAGGCUUAUGGCUAUGGUGCUCAAGAUGUGCUGUCAUCAGUGCCACCCUACAGCUACAGCACUCCUGAGAUGCCAUUUCCAGGACAGGCUUAUGGCUAUGGUGCCCAAGGCAUGCUGCCACCAAUGCAUGCUUAUGGCUAUGGCGCUCACGAUGUGGCGUUUCCAAUGCCAGCAUACAGCUACGGUGCGCAACAUGCACCACCAGCAAUGCAGGCUUGUGGCUGCAGCGCCCAAGAUGUGCCACCUGGGACACAGGUCUGUGGCUGCAGUGCCCAAGAUGUGCCACCAGGAACACAGGCCUGUGGCUGCAGCGCCCAAGAUGUGCCACCAGGAACACAGGCCUGUGGCUGCAGCGCCCAAGAUGUGGCACCUUCAGUGCAGGCCACCAGCAGUGACACUCAAACUCAGGAACCAUUGUACCAAAGUUUAGAUGAUAUGCUGUCAUAUUACAGACAAGUGACUUGAACUGAGCAAAAAGAUAAGCAAAAUCGUGAUUUAAAGAAUUGAAAUAGAAUUACCUUCUCCGCCAGAUUAUUUUCCCACAUCUGGAAAAUAGAACUUUCUGAAGUAGGUGUAA